UGGUCGAACAGCACACAAGACACUUUCUAAAACUUUACCAGCAACAUUUGAAACUAGAAUGUCGUUUUUACCUGCUCAAGUCUCUGUUUUCUUUGUCCUGAUUGGCCUGGCCAGCUGUCACAACAUCCUGGUCUUUAUGCCAUUCGGCUCCCAUAGUCAUAAAGCCACUCUUAUUCCACUCAUUCAAGGCCUAUUAGAGAGGAACCACAGCGUGACUUUUAUCACCAAUCAAGAAUCGACUGACCUUCGUUACCAUAAAAUGAUGUACAACUUGGACGAAGUCGUCGUUCCAAACUUGAAUUAUUCCAUGCUGGACCCGGAAAGCGCCGAGCAGAAUUUUUUCGAAAUAGCCGCCAAACAAUCGAUCGGCUCGCAGUUGAAAAUUUUCAGCCACUUGUCUGGUCAAGUGAACCGAGUCCUCGAUCAAACGUACAGCGACGCUGGCGUCCAAUCGGUCUUGCGUCACGGCCAGUUUGAUUUGCUCCUGUUGUCGCAGGUGGUCUCCUAUGCUGGCUACCCUCUAGCAUGGCAUUUUCAAUGUCCUUUCAUAUUAUCCAGCCCGAAUGUUCUAAUGACAGACUCGGCUUACCUGUUGGGCGAUUCUGAGCACACGGAGUACGUCCCUUUCUUUCUGAUGGCCCUGACGGACCAAAUGAAUUUGGUGCAGCGCGUAAUCAACACGGUCGUCACUCAUCUGCUCAACUUCUACCAGGACGUGUUCGUCUUUCCGCGCUUGCAGCCGGCCAUCGAGAAAUAUUUCCCUGGGGCUCCUUCCUUGAUUGAAAUGAAGGCCAACAUCACCGCCGCCUUUGCCAAUACUCAUCCAGCGUUCAGUUAUCCUCGAGCCUAUCCACCAGGUGUGGUCGAAUUGGGCGGAAUUCACUGCCGCCCUGCCAAACCUCUUCCGCAUCGCCUGGAACAAUUCGUGGCCGAGUCCGGUAGCGCUGGUUUCAUCGUCUUUGGAGUCGGUUCCAUCAUCCCGAUGGACGAAAUGCCUAGAGAAAUGCUCGACGUUUUCAUCCGAGUCUUUUCACGCUUACCGCAACGAGUCGUCUGGCAAUGGCGAGGCUUCAACAAACCGGCCAAUUUAUCCGACAACAUUCUGCUAGUCGAUUGGCUUCCGCAACAGGAUCUUUUAGGUCACGAGAAAUGUCGACUGUUCCUGACUCACGGAGGCCUAUUGAGCACGCAAGAAGCGAUCUACCACGGUGUUCCCGUUCUGGGUUUGCCGUUCAUUAGCGAUCAGCUGCUCAACAUGGACAAGGCGGUCCGCGACGGCUAUGCCCUGCAAUUGCGCUGGAAUGAGAUCGAAGACAAGCUGCUCCACCGCACCAUCCACGAGCUGAUUUACCAAGAUUCGUACGUGGAAAAUGUCCGCAGACGUCAGAAUUUGCUGCACGACCAAUCAGAGAGUCCGCUAGAGCGCGGAUUGUACUGGGCCGAGUACAUUGCACGACACGGUGGCGCCCCGCAGUUGCAGCUAGGCUCUCGCCAUCUCAACCGUUUCCAGCGAUCCUUGGUCGACGUCUACUUAAUCCUGGCCGCAAUCGCUUGUCUCUUGAUUUUCGCCACUUGGCGCUGUCUCGGCCGUUUCGAGUUCGUUGCCCGUCUGACAAAACUCGAUUUAUUUUAAAUUGCGAUCUCAAAUUUUUGUAAAUAACCUUUCCAUUGUCGUCAUUAUUAAAAGAAAUCUGGCUCACGUGACCCGGUGUCUAGACAGCGACGUAUUGUGCAAUCAGCCACCACAAGUGGCGUCGUUUUAUUUCCUCCCUACUACAGAUCGCGUCAUCGUAACCUCAAAGGGAGGCAGCGAUAAACUCGGUGACGUUUACCGACCAUCACGCCACACGCGUUUCUUUUUUAAUCGUGGGCUAUAAUCGACCGAUUUAAAAAUAUUUUAGGUAUUUCCCACGCGUGUGCCACGCGCUCAAACAAAGACGGAAAUCUAAAUAAACACAAAAAUAACGUUUAAGCAGACCGACGUCUAGACGAUUGCGAUUAAAUGAUUAGAAUGAUUGCGUCGUCACGAUGAUAAAGAAUGAAUAACUGUAUAUCGUGUCCUACAUCGAGUCAAGCGCUACGACAUUCAAACAAGGAAUCAAUCGACAACUGCUGUUCCACUUUUCACAGCGAUGCAAUCAUCUCAAGAUAAACAGAGUACAUAUAUGCUUAAUCUAAUAAGCGAACUUUCAGUGUACGUAUCUAAACAACGGGAAAAUUUGGAUUAUUUUGAAAUAAUGUAUAUUUUCACGCGCUUUCCGAAACAAACCGACAUGAUGUGGAUUUCUGACAAGAACAUUUUUGUUAAAGAACUAAUAAGCCAUGAUUGCUCAACUGAGCAGCUUUCUCUUUACCAACUAAUUAGUCGGAUGACGAAUAAAGUUGGUCCAUUGUUGGACAGCAGACGCAUCAAGUGUC